AUGUCUGGCCUUGUAUUGGACAAGUUAAAGGGCUUUCAAGCAAAGAAUUUGUUGUAUGUAGUGGUUUUGGUACUUGCACUGCCCAAUAGGAUAACUGCAAUUUCAGCUGGUGCAGCAGCUACACCCAAACAAUCUGGUGGAUGGGGAGGUUCAGGUUCUCGUGCAGAAAUUAAAUUUGAUUUAGGUUAUAAAGUUGCAUUCGUUCCAAAGGCUUUUCCCCUCCACGCUAAUCAUUUAUCUGCGUUAUACAAUUCCUUUAUCAUUGACAAGGCUACAUCUGACCUUAAGAAUACGAAGGUUAGGCUUAAGGGCACGAUUAACCAGAUUUAA